AUGGCAGAGUAUUCAUUUGACAAGUGGAAGCCAUUAUUGCAGAAGUUUGAAGCCGUCCGCUGCGAGAUUGCGGAGCACACUCUCUCUACAGGCCUCGGUAACAUUCGCCGCUGGUUCCCCGAACCCCUAGAGCGACAAGCAUAUCGCAACUGGAAAUACACCCGCGAUCGUGCGGCGUGCCGUGCCCGGUUGAGAGAGGAGGAGUUUGUUAGACAAGUCGAUUCGAUAAGCUUUUUCAACAACAAGGUCUGCGAUGAGCUGCUCGAAGCUAUGAACACGUUUCGUUUUAGCGUCGUCGUCCCGAUGGGAUUCGAUGGCAAUAUUAUCUACCGUCUUAUGGUGGAAGUUCCCAGUCUCCCAGCCCAUCCGCGGGAGGUUCCUGCGACGGUGCACUCUAGCGAUCUACUGCUAAGAUGUUGUUUCCUUGGAGUGAAUUUGACGGUCCAACCACGAGCGGUAUCCUGCCGUGACAGUACAUUUGGACCGAUCCCACAUCCCGACUUAUCCACAGCAUCGACACGACCGGGCAGGGGCGAUAACACCGAUGGGCCCGGCUUCGUAUGCUUCCAGCUGGGGACACUCGAAUAUAGCAGACGCAGAAAAAGCCGGCGGGGUCCCUGGACCGACGGGGAGAGCGACUUGCCCGACUCCAGGUGGAAGAAUACCGGCUUCGUCGCGGUGGCGAGACUGAGUCCGUCCGGGCGUACGGAUGGCAUCUACGCUAUCUACAACAUGUUCAUGCUACGCGAAGCCUACGAUCCCGAUGAGGACGACGAGGACGAGGACGACGCGUACGACGAAUAUAGCGGAGAUGACGCGGUAAUGGGGCCGCAUCCAUACUCGGGUCUGCCGUCCGCCUACUCGUUGGGCGAAAACGCAGGCCGCCUGUUCUGGUGUGCAAAGCUCGGUCCGAACCUCUCAAGCUUUGGCAAAGACCACCAAAUGGUCUGGACGGAGAAAACCGAGCACCCGGUCGAAGUGGUCCGGGUGAAGAAGCACUCGAAAACCCACCAAAUUUUGCGAACCACGGUUGACGAAAAGAUCUGGCCGUCCGCUGUCGUAGGAGACCAAACCUCGACUUAGGGACGAAAUGACUGAGGCUGCCCCAAAACCCGAAUACCCCAUUGACUCUACCUAGUUAUUUCGAGUUUAAUCCUCGAUUUCUUUUCCUCGUUUCC